GUUGAUGUGUAAGUGUCAAAGUUAUGAAAAAUUUUAUUAGGUUUUCCACUGCACUAACUCGAAUGCUGUAGUAUUAUUUACCUAAUUUACCUAAUUCCACCGCUGCAAAACUAUAUAAUUUGUAUAAAAUUACGAUCGUUUAGAGCUGUUAAAACAAGGAAGUGACUACGGAUCCGUGCUGAUCUGCAGUGGGACCGAUUUUCGAUCGAUCUCCCUGGCAAACAAUGAUGACCAACCUAAACUCGCAUUGCAUCAAUCUCAUCAUCAGCAGUAGAUGUUCGUCAGCUAAUUAACUCGUUUGGCUGUGUGUCCCCGUUCUUUUUUCGUUAAUUUGUUUGUCUUUUCGACUUAUGAGUAGCCAGUGCCGUAGAGGAAAUUGCUCGAUAUGAACAGUAGUAGCAGCAGUGACGCCGGUUCGUCCUUCUGGAAGAAUAAUUCCGCUCGAAUCCCGGGGCGACCAACCAUGGCUACCAGAAUGGUGCCCGGAGGGGGAGUUCGCAGUGGUCCGGGAGCGUUGGCUUCAUCCGCCGGCAGCAGCUCUUUUCAGGAUUAUCAGGAAUCGGUGAGCGAUGCAUGGGAUCUAGGGGAUGAUGAAUUCUGUAUCAUUUCCAACGUUGUGGACACGCCCCGAAUAUCAAGGAAAGUGUCCCAAUCGGCGGCAAUGAAUGUCAUAAAGACCCAUCGAAGUGGAAGCGAUAGGGUAAGAGGGGGCGAUGGAAUCGGACAUAGAACUACACUGGCGGAUGUACGGAAUUCCGAUGGUGGUGUGGUUGGUAGCACGGUGACGGUGGUGGAAAACUUUGAUGGACUGCACAUAAAUCGGAACGAUCAUACGAAUUGCGAUGGGAGUUUGGUGAAACAGCAGCAUAAUCAUGACGGAAUCAGCCAUAUCAAUGAUCAUCGUCUCCGGCAACGCUUUCAUGCUUAUCCCGGCCGUCCGCAGUUGCUAAAACUAUCAUCCAAUGUUGCGUCCAAGGAUGUGGAAUGCGAAUCGAAAUACGAAAAAUUCACUAACAUUCUGGACGCACCGCUGCUGAAUCUGAUCGCACUCAAGGAGUUAAGUUGGUCCGGGAUUCCGCGAAAAAUGCGAGCUGUUACGUGGCGGUUACUGUCCGGAUAUCUGCCAACAAGCCUGGAACGAAGAAACACUGUUCUAGAGCGGAAGAGGGUAGACUAUCAGAAACUGAUUCAACAGUACUUCCAUGUCGACAACCGGGACGAAACCCAGCAGGAUACGUACCGACAGAUCCACAUCGAUGUUCCGCGAAUGAAUCCACACGUGUCACUUUUUCAGCAGCAUUUGGUUCAGGAAAUGUUUGAAAGAAUUCUUUUUAUCUGGGCCAUUCGACAUCCGGCCUCCGGAUACGUCCAGGGUAUUAACGAUCUCGUCACACCCUUUUUUAUAGUCUUCCUCCAGGAGUCUGUGGGAGCCGACAAGGAUCUGGAACAGUGCCUACUGGGGGAUCUUUCGCAGGAGCAAAGAGAUAUCAUAGAAGCGGAUGCUUUCUGGUGUCUUUCCAAAUUUCUAGAUUGCAUUCAGGAUAAUUACAUAUUCGCCCAGUUAGGGAUUCAGGAGAAAGUUAACCAAUUGAAGGAACUGAUUCAGCGGAUCGAUGGCACUCUUCACCGUCACCUACAGUCACAUGGAGUGGACUAUCUGCAGUUUUCCUUCCGCUGGAUGAACAAUUUGCUAACGCGUGAACUGCCACUGUAUUGUACGAUUCGGCUGUGGGACACCUAUCUGGCCGAGUCGGAUGGUUUCGCCGUGUUUCAACUCUAUGUGUGUGCCGCGUUUCUGCUGCAUUGGCGCGAGCAGCUCUUGCAGGAAAAGGAUUUUCAGGGUCUGAUGCUGCUGUUGCAGAAUUUGCCUACCCACAGCUGGAUGGACUCGCACAUCGGUGUGCUGGUAGCGGAAGCGUUCCGUCUCAAAUUCACCUAUGCUGACACGCCAAAGCAUCUGGAGGGCAAAAGUUGACAACAUCACAGCGAGCGCAACUACAACUACUGUAAAAACUAUCUCUAUAAGUUUAUCUAAAUUAUGCGAACGACGGCAUGGUUGAGAUCGUCUCUCGGUUGGUUCGUUGAAUAGUUAAGAUUUUAGGUUGCCUCUAUGCGAGACAUGUGCGUGGCGAAUUAACGCAAAGCCUGUAGUUUCAAAAACACAUUUUAGACCAACCAAUUUAGACCAUUACAUUUUUUGAAUAGUUUUGGGCCAAGCAGGAAAUUUGAACAGAAUAACAUACGUGUUUUGUAUAUAUAAUUUCUUCCAUGGGAAGCAAAAAAAGAGAGUAGAAACGAAAUGCAGCAGAUGGAGGGAAAAUAGAUUUUUUUGUUUCGCCACCUGCGGCUAUCAACCAACAAAGAAUUAAGCAAGUUAUCGAAGUUUACCACGAAAAGUAUAGGAGUCGAUUUGUAUUUCUAAAAAAAUACAACGGUGCGGCAAUGCAGUUUUUAAGAUUUACAUAGAAGAAUAUUCGCAUGAAAUAAAUCAGGAAUAUAAAUCGAAAACAUUUUGAAAUUCAAGCAUAAUGAUACCGUUUAUAUGGAUAAUUACAUUUACUGAUUUAAACAU